GAACAGGAAACAGAUGCUCCGCUUGCCGCCCGGAGACAGGUCAGCCAUAAAUGUUCCAUACAAAACGCCCACUUUGCAGCAUGAGCACCUGAUGAGCUAAGACACCAAAGUGACCGCAAACAUGCUGAACCGUGACGAGCGUGAGGUCCCUGAUGCUGACUUAACUUUACAUUACCACUUCAACCUGGAACAGAUCAGACCAGACUGAACGGUGCCACACAAAACCUGAAAUCAUGGGGCAGUGUUUGCAGAGACAUUCUCCUCCCAAGCUGUUCCCUGGAGACAUUGUGGAGUAUCCCCGGAACAAGUACUUCUCCCACUUUGCCAUCUACUAUGGCGAGCUGCAGGGAGUUCAGUAUGUGGCUCACCUGACAUCCCGAGAUUCUGACUCCAAGUUCCUGCUCUUUGGAAGGGCCCUCAAGUCAGAGGUCAAAUUGGAUCCGAUAGAACUGCUGGGAAAGAAAUACAAGGUCAACAACAUGCUGGAUGAUUGUGUCCCAGCCAGAGAUUUCCACAAUGUGGUGAAACAGGCCAUCGACAACAUGAUUGGACAGGAAGUGACUUUUGACAUCCUGUUCCACAAUAGCGAGCACCAAGCAACGUUAUUCCGAUACGGAGUCAAGAAGUCUGAGCAGAUUGAGAGAAUCUAUGAGCACAUAAUGCCUGCGUGGAAGAAGCUCUUUGAGAAGAGGCAGCUGUGAAAGAGCAUCAAUUGUAGUUGUUACUGUUUUUACCUUCGGACGCAUCAUUAGAAAAAUUAAUACAAAUAGAAAAACUAGUUAGAACAUUAAGGAAAACAUUUAUUUUUGUUUUAUUGUUUUCAGUUUUAUGUCGACGCAAUAACGUGUUGUCUGUUUUGUUUUUGUUCUAUCUAUCCUGAAGGAGUUUACAAAAGUUGAGCUAAGGAAAUCAAGGACAAGAUUUAUUACCUCCCCAAUUCUUCCCAAAAUUAAAAAAAUACCAUUUUAAAAUUAUCAAUGGAAUAUAUCCUUCAAAGGAUUUUUUUGAAACUUAAAUUUAACAUUGAGGUUGUUGGCUGUUAUAUGUGUGGAGCUGCAGGGGAUGUCAAUCAUCUGUUUGUGGAAUGUGAUACUGUACAUGUGUGUUUGUGUCUACAUGUGUGUGUGUGUGUCUACAUGUGUGUUUGUGUCUACAUGUGUGCGUGUGUGAUACUGUACAUGUGUGUGUGUGAUACUGUACAUGUGUGUUUGUGUCUACAUGUGUGUGUGUGUGUGUGUGACACUGUACAUGUGUGUGUGAUACUGUACAUGUCUGUGUGUGAUACUGUACAUGUGUGUUUGUGUCUACAUGUGUGUGUGUGUGUGAUACUGUACAUGUGUGUGUGAUACUGUACAUGUCUGUGUGUGUGAUACUGUACAUGUGUGUUUGUGUCUACAUGUCUGUGUGUGAUACUGUACAUGUGUGUUUGUGUCUACAUGUGUGUGUGUGAUACUGUACAUGUGUGUUUGUGUCUACAUGUCUGUGUGUGUGAUACUGUACAUGUGUGUUUGUGUCUACAUGUGUGUGUGUGAUACUGUACAUGUGUGUUUGUGUCUACAUGUGUGUGUGUGUGUGAUACUGUACAUGUGUGUGUGAUACUGUACAUGUGUGUUUGUGUCUACAUGUGUGUGUGUGUGAUACUGUACAUGUGUGUUUGUGUCUACAUGUGUGUGUGUGUGAGAUACUGUACAUGUGUGUGUGUGAUACUGUACAUGUGUGUGUGAUACUGUACAUGUGUGUGUGUGUGUGUGUGUCUACAUGUGUGUGUUUGAGUGUACAUGUGUGUGUGAUACUGUACAUGUGUGUGUGAUACUGUACAUGUCUGUGUGAGAGUGUGUUUUGGGAGGAGAUCUCGAGAUUGGCUGAGAAAGAAGGGUGUGGAGAUGUCUCCAUUCACUAUAGACAAAAUCAAAUUUGGUAUUUUUAUAAAGGAGUGUAACAUAGAAAUGUUUGUCAACAUUAUGCUCCAGGCAAAAAAUGUUCUACAUAAAUAUUGAUUUAUGAGAAAGUAAGGACUACAUUUUCCAAUUGGCUUAAUUGGUUAAAGUUAUGAAUCAAAUAUUUGAGAAUGUUCAGAGUACAAAAUA